AUGGCGGCGCCUGGGAGCAUUGGUCCGCACGAUGAUAUCGAGAAGAAUGUCGAUGGUCGAUCAGAACAGACAGCAGUGGCUGAGGGGGGCGAUGAGAAACGCCGGCCAUCUGUUUUUGCUCCCGACCGGGAGACACAGAUGCGACAAGGCAGCUUGACCGUCUAUCAUGAAAGUUUCUUCUCUGCCUUCAAGCCGGCCAGUUUCAAGAAGAACCCAAAUGCUCGAGUCGUGACCGAAGCCACUGACAAUGAAGGCCGACCGCUGAAAGACCAACCGCCCGCGGAGCCUGCAUUGGCCCUCAAGCUGAAGCAGAGGCACCUGCAGAUGAUUGCUAUUGGAGGAUCCAUCGGCACUGGGCUCUUUGUCGGCUCUGGCUCAGCUUUGGCUACAGGAGGGCCCGCGUCGCUUGUCCUGGCGUACGGUUUGAUCGGUAUCAUGUUAUACUGCACUGUCCACGCUUUGGGAGAACUUGCCGUGCUCUUUCCUAUUGCUGGCGCUUUCUCGGUGUACUCGAGUAGGUUUGUUGAUCCGGCCUGGGGUUUCGCCAUGGGAUGGAACUAUGCUCUCAAUUGGCUCGUCACAUUACCACUCGAAUUAACAGCGGCCUCGAUCACUCUCUCCUUUUGGCCUGGUGCCGAAGAUGUCAAUCCUGCAGCUUGGGUUGUGAUAUUCUGGUUCGCUGUGGUCAUUAUCAACCUGUUCGGCGUCCGUGGCUACGGUGAGGCAGAGUUUGUAUUCUCAAUUAUCAAGGUGGUCGCGGUAAUCGGCUUUUGUAUUCUCGGCAUAAUCAUCGCCGCUGGAGGUGUCCCAGGGAGCCCACAAGGGUACCUUGGCGCCCACUAUUGGUACGAUCCAGGCGCGUUUCACAAUGGCUUCAAGGGCCUGUGUAGCACUUUUGUCACCGCAGCGUUCUCUUUCGGAGGGACCGAACUUGUCGGUUUGACAGCCGCGGAAACCGAGAAUCCAAGAAAAUCUCUUCCCACGGCGGUAAAGCAAGUGUUUUGGCGAAUUGCCUUGUUCUACAUGGUCAGCCUGACGAUCGUUGGCUGCAUUGUACCUUAUACCGAUCCCGAGUUACUGAACGGUUCCAGCAGCACCGAUGCCAAUGCAUCUCCUUUCGUCAUCGCUGUCAAGAAUGCUGGAAUCACUGCCGUCCCUUCGAUCAUGAACGCCGUCAUCCUGAUCGCGGUGCUGAGCGUCGGAAACUCGUCCAUCUACGGUUCUUCUCGGACACUGGCGGCGCUAGCUGAUCGAGGGCAAGCGCCAAAGAUCUUGGGGUACAUCGACCAAGCUGGAAGACCUCUCUGCUCGAUCAUCCUCGCCUCUGCCAUUGGUCUGCUUUGCUUCAUCUGCGCAGCUGGCUCAGAUACCAGGACUCAAGCCUUCAACUGGAUGCUGGCCAUCUCGGGUCUCUCGUCCAUCAUCACGUGGGCGAGUAUUUGUGUAUGCCAUAUCCGGUUCCGAGCUGCGUGGAAGUACAACGGUCACACUCUCGACGAACUGGCCUUCACGUCCCAGCCUGGCGUUAUCGGUUCAUGGAUCGGCCUAGCCCUCAACAUUCUGAUUCUCAUCGCACAGUUCUGGACCGGCUUCGCUCCUGUCGGAUAUGGUUCCAUGUCUGCCGGUGACCGGGUGGAAAACUUCUUCAUGGCGUACCUUUCUGCGCCAAUCAUCAUCCUCUUUUAUGUAGUAUUCAAAAUCUGGAAGCGGACAUCGUUCAAGAGGAUUCAAGACAUCGACAUCACCAGUGGCAGACGGGAACUGGACCUCACCGAGAUUCUCGCUGAGGAAAGAGCUGAACGUGCGACCUGGCCAUGGUGGAAGAGGGCGUGGAAAGUUGCGUGCUAG